UAAAAGUUUUUUUAGAAAGUCCUUUAUUUGAUAUAAUUUUUUCAAGGAAUUACAACAUGAAGUGUCCACUCUGCAAGACAGACAAACUUCGACGGGAAUUUCCUUUUGAACCACUCACAGAUGACUGUGAACAUGCACCACUUCACUGCCUUCAAUGCACUACCAAAAGUGUCAAGAAGAACCAGUCUUGCUCGAUAUGCAACAAAAAAGUUACCACUGAAAACCCACAGUAUCAAGAAUGUAUCAACAUAUUAAAGAGACUCUUCCCAGAGAUUGAAGCCCCCCAAGCUAUCCCAAGCACCACCUCAGCCACACUAUCUGGGAAUGAAACAAUAACAGUGUCCAUGAUGGGUGGAGAGACUACUGUUAUCCCAUAUGAUGCCAAUAUGACUAUUGCAAGCUUGAAGGUAAAGAUCAGCAAAUGCUUUUCUACUGAACCACAAAAGCAGAGACUCCUGUGCGACGAGAAAGAGCUCAAGGUACAGGAAGACUCCAAUCUGGCAACUCUUCAAUAUUAUGGUGUGAAGCCAUUCUCGACCAUAAACCUCAUUGUUGUUCUAUAUGAUAUUCCUGAUGAUUUUGAUGAAGUCAUUUUUGAUCUAUUUUGGGGAUAUCCCACUUCUGGAAGGGAUUAUUUGGAUGCUUCAGUACUUCUGUACAGUGAAACAUCUUUUAUAGAAAGAGUAGACUAUGGAUACAGACAGAGUGUGACAUGUACUGCAGUCUGGCACUCAGGAGAUGUGAUGGAUGAUGCAAAUCGCCUUGGACACCAUACCAUCAGAGUCAAGCUCAAAAGCUUGCAAAGUGGUAUCAACAGGUUAUUCUUCACAUUAAGUGCUUGGGCUUCUCCAAAUAUUUCAAAGUACCCCAAUCCAAGUCUCCGUUUCUUUGAUGCCAGAUUUCCUAAAAAGCAGUUGUGCAGUACUGCCAUGGACCAUGCUGCAUACUCCCAGGCUAUAAUCAUGUGUAGCUUAUGUAAAUUUGAUGGGGCCUGGAAGGUUUUGGGCUUGCGCCGACUUUCACGUGGAAAUGCAAUGGAUUAUGGUCCACUAAAAGAGACUAUUCUACAGCUGAUUACAACUGGCUUGUCAUAACUCAAAACGUUACUUGCAUAUACUAAAUUGAAAAAAAUCAUUGAUUUUUUUGCCCUUUAAGACCUAGAGGUAUUCUGGGUAGUUAACAUCCUGGGUAUUUGGAGAUCAGCAUUAGCAUACAGACAGAUGCAGCAGGAAGAGUGGCAAAAUGCUUUGUUCAAUAACUUGAAUCAAUGUUUAAGAGCUGCAAAACUGCAAUAUGCAUAACUAUUAGCCUUAUAAUCUGUUUACUCAGAACACCCUUGGGUCUUAGCUUCUAUGAUUGAACCUUAUUAACCCGACAAUGUUAUUCCAUUUAAAUAUACAUAUAUUGUAUACAUUCUAUUAAUGUAUGCAAUUCAAAAUCAAAAUUAUUUUCUGACAUAUUAUUAGUGAUGUCAAGUGAUGAAUUUCAAAUUGAUUUGAUCCUGACUUGUAAUAAUUGCUUUAGCCCUUCCGAAUCUUAGGGUGCUUUCCAUCAGGUCUAACCAACCAGUUUGAGUGGCCAGUUCUCAAAUGGUAUAUGCGUUAGUUCUUUAGAACUGGUUAGCCAAAGUCUCAAAAUUAAUGAGAACUGACCUGUACCAUUUGAGAACUGGCCAAUUGGACUGGUCGGUUCGACUUAAUGGAAAGCGCCCUUAGAAAUUAUAGUGUAGGCCAUAUAUGGUAUAUAUGUCCAUUUUAUGAAUUUAUGUACAACCAUAGGCACGUAUUUUAAUUAUAUGUACCCAAACAUUUUCUUUCUUUGGGCAUACCAUGAUAUUAAUUGCCUAACAGCUGCAUAUCCUCCAUCAUGUAUUAAAAUUGUAUACAUAGUUUAGAUAUUAUGUAGUUACAGUUUGGUCUGACUCUUACUCUCAACAGUACUAAGGCAAGUUUAGUAGUACUGCCUUCUAAUGUUUCACAUCAAAAUGCAUGUCAAACAAUAGUCUUGGGUCAUUUAUACAGAGGCCCUGUUAAGGAGUACUCAUGUCUGCAAACAAUAGGCCAAGGUCAUUUGUACAGAAGCCCUGUUAAGGGGUACUCAUGUCAAACAACAGGCCGAGGUCAUUUAUACAGAGGCCCUGUUAAGGGGUACUCAUGUCAAACAACAGGCCGAGGUCAUUUAUACAGAGGCCCUACUAGGGUAGCCAUGUCCUCCGCCUGAAUUUCACAACUGCUUAUGUCACAAUUUUCGGAAUGUUUUUUGUUUUGCUUGUUGGAAUUUACCCCUAACAGGCCUUAUCACAUUUAAUAUUAGCUUCUCCAAUUCAAGGAGAACAAAAUAUUCCCUAUGCAAUGGAUAGUGAUCACAUGGCACCAUGUAUAUUCCAGUAAGAAUAAAAAUAUUUGUUUAAACCUGCGGAACCUGGUCCUGAAAUGGUUGAAUUAUGUGCAUGAGUAGACUUUGUAAUUUAAGUUGUUAUCACUUUUUUUCUGCUUGGGUUCUGGACCAGAUAAAUAUUCAUUAACGAUAUUAUUAAUUUACUAGACAGAAAUAAAAGAAAUCACCAUUCCA